AUGAAUAAUAAUACAUCCCUUCCAUCCCAACAGCAUUACUCCCAAGAAGUGUCAGAACUACCAAUGGAUAACUCCCAGCAACAACCCGUCACUUCGCCACAAUCUCAACACUUGGACUCCGCGAACUUUACUAAUCAGCUGAUAAAGAUCGAGCAUGAAUCUCAAUCCGGUGAGACCUCACCAGCAACAAAGGAGGCUGAUACAAAGAAAAAGAGAGCUGGUCCUAAAAGAAGAAAAGUUACUCACGGGCAUCUUUGUCACGAUGAGCCAAAAGGUUCUCACGGUCCUCAACAAGUGGGUGGCGGAAAUAAUACUGUGCCGGCUAAUCUCAUAACAAUGCAAUCUGUUCCUCAAGAAACUUUGCAUCAUUUAUUCAAUUGGUUUGUUCCUAACAAGGUAGUGACACGGCUUAAAUUACCUACAAUAUGUUUACUUAAUUAUUCUUUUGUGGAAAGUAAUUUUUUGGAGAGUGUGGACGGCAACCAACAAAGUCAGCACAAUAAUAACGGUCCGCCGGUAGAUACCACCGAAAAGUUUCUUUUAACCGCAGCCGAUCCAUCAGAUGGUACGUCUGAAGACCGAUUAACCCAAGUAAUUAACGCAAAGUAUGAAGCUGGAUUCUUGAAACCAUAUAAUUACGUUAAUGGCUACGCUCGCUUGGCACAAUAUAUGGAAAAUCAUAUGUCUAAUCUAAGUAAACAACGAAUUUUGAAUUCACUGAGCAUUUUCCGUCCUUCCUUCCGUAACGUUGCACUAUCAUUAACGGACAUUGAUCUGGUUGUGGUUGAAGGAGUAUUUGAACGUCUUUUAUUGGAUUAUGAUAGAGUAUUUAGCACUAUGGGUAUUCCGGCAUGUUUAUGGCGUAGGACAGGGGAGAUAUAUAAGGGCAAUAAAGAAUUCGCUUCUCUUGUAGGUGUGCAUGUAGACAUGUUAAGGGAAGGGCGCUUGUGUAUAUACGAG